AUAUACAUAUAUAUAGGUGGUGGCUUUGGGAGUGGUUAUAUUGAUCUAGGUGGACUACAAGUGUGCCAAAUUUCAAAUUUGAAGAAAAUAUGGAGGAGCUAUGAAGGAGGGCCUAACAAUGUUGGGGCAACCAUUUUUGAGCCUUCUUCAAUCCCAGAUGGAUUUUGCAUGCUCGGUUCUUAUGCCCAACCCAACAACCAACCCCUCUCCGGUUGGGUUCUCGUCGGAAAAGACAACAAUGGCCAAAUCCUAAAGCCCCCAACCGAUUACACUCUUGUAUGGAGCAGUGACUCUUUGCCCAUCACCCAAUCCGGCCCUGCCUACGUUUGGCUACCAGUUCCACCGCAGGGUUACAGUGCCGUUGGCCAUGUCGUCACCACCUCGCCGGAAAAACCCUCCGGCGAUAGAAUCCGGUGCGUGUUCUCCGCCUUCACCGACCCGUGUGAGCCUGAAGAUUGGGUCUGGGGACGAGGCACAUCAAAUAAUGACCCAAAUGGUUUCAAUCUCUACACUCUGAGGCCUAUCAAUAGAGGCACACAGGCAAAAGGUGUAAAGGUAGGAACAUUUCUUGGGAGUUUCAGUGGAAACGUGGGAACAUUUGCAUGUCUGAAAAACAACAACGUAGCAUUCUCCUCGUCGGCCAUGCCAAACCUUAGCCAAAUCGAAGCGUUGUUUAGGGAAUAUUCUCCGAUUUUAUACCUGCACCCUCUAGAUACCUACCAUCCCUCCUCGGUAAACUGGUUUUUCUCCAAUGGUGCGUUAUUGUACACGAAAGGAGACGAGACUAAUCCUGUUCGUAUCGGGCCUGAUGGCUCCAACCUCCCACAGGGCGGCAGGAAUGACGGUGUGUACUGGGUAAACCUAGGGAUGUCAAUUUAG